ACGUAUAAAAAUAUAUAAACCAAAAGUCCAAAAUAUUACUGCUAUAAUAUCAAUGCUAACUUCUGAACUUCAAUGCUGCAUGCGAAAUAUGAAAGAAUUUAAACAAUCGGCACAACAUGAUCUUUCUCUGUUAUACAGAUACGUUCUCUGACCUCACAGUGUGGUUUGCGGUCGUGCUUUCACAAAUGUGUACAGUUCAUUGCCAACUCUCAUUUAUACAGCAGCGUGUAGUAAAACUAAAAAGUGAAGAUCCUGCAAAUAUACUUGGACCACUGCGAGGCAGCGUAGGAUCUCUUAACGCAAACGGCCUAUAAAAACAAUAUUGACGGAUCAAUAAUUUGUGAACAAUAUAAAAAUAAAGACACUAACAUGUGUAUCUCACCAAUAAGGUCGCAAAUAAUAUAACGUGGAAAUAAAACGAUAUAAGACAAAUUUUUCUCAAUGAAACUAAUGAUGUCAAAACUUUUGGUUCAUCACGUCACUAAGCUAUGACCAAAAAGAAACAUACCGCUCGGAGAAAGCUGGCAUAUUGGUGGAACAGUGAAAUCGAAAUAUUGAGAGCCAUUUCCACAAAGCACGACGCCUAUGUCAGCAGAGCAUAGGAAGAGGGGAAUAUACGGUACUCCGUGACAUUUUCAAGAAAAACAGAGCAAGCUCAAAAAGGCUAUAAAACAGAGGAAAAAUUACAGCUUCAAAGCUCUAUGUGACAAAGUAGACGAGAACCCCUGAGAUGAACCAUAUAAGAUCGUAAUGUCAAGGAUUGCAGUAGGCAAAGUACAAACACCCCUCAAUACUCAAAAAGGUAGUGGAAGCGCUGUUUUCUACACACACACUAAGCCACAGAUGCGCCAGAGGUCAAUGAUAUGCAAGUACUACAAGCUGUUGAGCGGUUCGGAAAUUAUAAAGCGCCAGGACUAAUUAUUAUUCCGAACAGGGCUCUGAAACUCGCAGUAAAACUCAACACAAAGCAAUUCACGGAGUUAUUUACACGAUGCUUGCGAGAAGGUGUGUUCCCAUAUGGAAUAUUUAACGGCUCGUACUACUGUAAAAGACGACAAAACAGUCAGGAGACCGAGCUCUUAUUGACCACUCUGCAUGAUCGAACAAUCAACCGUUGACGCAAUCAAGAAUCUUACAGAGAUAAAAAGCUAUUGAAGAAGAUAGGUGGAUGUACGGCAAAAAGCAAUACUGCGCUGUCAUUACUUUCGAUGUAAAAAACGCGUUUAAUUCGACCAGCUGGCCCCAUAUACUGCAAGCACUAGAGACCAAGAGAACACCAUCGUAUCUGUUGAAAAUCAUAAAGAGCUACUUAUCUAACAGGCUGCUGCUCUAUGACACAGAUGACGGACCGUAAAAGUAUAAAGUCACGAGUGGGGUGGACAAAACUUCAACUUGCUAAACAAAAAACUGAGGCAGUGGUUAUUACAAGCAGGAAAAAAUUGGAGACGAUUUCUCUUAUCAGAGAUGGACAUAACAUCACGACACAAACAUCGUUGAAGUACCUGGGUGUAAUGAUAGACGCGAAACUAAGUUACAAAGUCAAUAUUGAGAAAGUUUGCGAAAAAGCCGCCUGUGUGAAUGCGGCCAUCAAAACCGUUAGAGCAUUUCGUACAGUACCACAUGAAGCUGUUAGCAUUAUAUCAGGAAUAAUGCCAUCAGAUAUAAUGGCUCGUGAACUGAAGGGAAUUAACGAUAAAAGUAAGAGUGUGGGCAGGAAGUUAACAAGAGGAGAUGGACGCACCGGUUGAUUGGUAAUGUGCAACCGUGGGCGGAAAGAAAACACGGAGAAACUGACUUCUACAUGACGCAGCACCUAACGGGGCAUGGGUGUUUCCGAUAGUACUUGCAUAAGUACGGACAUGACAAAGGAGUCGCUUACUCCUUUUGUGGUAGCAGUAGCGAAAGUGCAAAGCAUAUCUUCUUUCACUGCCAAAAACUUUCAAAAGAAAGAUAGAACCUGGAGAAGGAAGUGGCAGACCAAAUAUCUCAAGAUAAUAUAGUGUCUUAUAUGUUGGAGGCAAGUAUGGAGCAUUAUAGAAAAAACAACAGCUCUGAUAAUCCAAGAGCUGAGAAGAGCCGAAUGACAAAGAAACAGUGGAGCUUGAGCCGCGAAUAGCGAAUAAAUGACGUGAGCCGAAAGGCUAAGCCGACCCUGCGAUGAAAUGCCUAACGGCGCUUCCGCAGUGUCUUUCACCAAAGCUGCGGGUGACGGAGUUUAAUGUUUAGUACGUAGGCGUUCUAAAACGCAAGUCCAACGUGGGACGACAACCCUGACUGGGCGUGGUCCCGAAAGAGGGGUACCCUUUAGCAGACAGUACGAAUCAUGCAUAUUGCAUACUAAUAAAUAUCAGUAUCUAUGUAAGAUUCCCCUCCAACAAAAAAAAAACUACCACUUACGUCAAAUACAAAGAAAAAUAAAUAAAUUAAACAAAUAUAAUACAGCACUGCAACACUUAUUUUAUGUUUUCAUGCAACUAUUUUGGUAUUGUAUGAAUAAACGGAUUUAAACCAAGGAUAAAUAUAAAAUUGAAGCUAGUUUAGCACUAGUUAAUACAAAAUAAAUGUAUAGAAAAAAGGGAUAAAGGAUAUAAAAGUUAAAAAUAUAGAUGUAAAAUUCCUUAUAAAUCAAAGAAACACGCGAAGAAAACAUCUUUAAAUAGUUGAAUUUUUCAAUUUUAAUUGCAAAUAUCUCAAAACUAUAAACGGCAACUAGAUGUAUAUAUUUCUUAAUCUGGGGAACGUCCUCUCUCCGUACAUAGCCAUAUUGACCGCGAAUUCGGAGGAUGUUACUCUAAAACUUACCCAACGGAUAAUUUAUAUGCGAAUUUGACCUAAAGUUGCCGUUAAAGUUUAGGGAUACCUCGGCGGCGUUAAACCAAAACGGUAGAAAGCGCUCCGUUUGAUGCUUUUAGUAAAUACAUCUGAUAAAAAAUAUUGCCUAUCCAAACCUUUUGCCUACCAACCAAACUACCCAGGGCAAAUGAAACUACCAAUAUUAGUUCGAUCGGUACAAAAUGGCAACGUUAGUUGUACGGCUAAAUAUUUUAUCGUUUGUGAAAAAUAACAUUAAUUGAUUAGAUUAGUCAUUGGUGUAUUGUGGCAUAUACUUUUAUUUUAAAUAUGGUUUAAAAUACGACAAAAAUGAAUUGUCACCAAAUUUUAAGUGGAGCAUGUAAUGCUGGCGACAGAUGCUUCGCUACAGGAUCUGUAGAAGGUGUCUCAUUUACAGCGUAUGCUGCAGGAUGUAAUAUUGUAAUCUUGGCCAGUACUUUCGAGAGAGUACAAAUAAUUCCAGGAGCUACACAUGGCUAUGUUAAAAUAUCUGCUCUUGAUUGCAGUACCGACACGGGAAAAAUUGCUGCAUCUUAUGAAAAUAAAAUAUGUAUAUUCGAACCCACACCUAUGCUUUUGAGCAACAAAAGUGUUAAACAUUACUUGGAUUACAGAUGGGUACAGACAGGCUCCUUUGUAUGUAAUUAUCAUGUUUACACUCUCUCGUGGAACUUAGAAGGGACUCGGCUUUUAACUGGUGGUUCCAUUAUCGAAAUGUGGAAAGAAAGAACUUCUGAAAAAUCAGAGGAAAGUUCUACCGGUGUAAAGUUUGAAAUAGGAGGUGGUGACCGCGGAAAUAAAACUCCUACCAAUGAGAGCUUAGAUGAUGUUGUAACUUGGGACACUGUAUGGUCAUGUCAAACUGCUAUUCCAAUUUAUCAUAUGGCAUUUAGUCCUGAUGGCACUUUAUUUGCUACAUGUGGUCGAAAUGACAGACUUGUAAAAAUUUGGUAUGAAAAUAAGCAAGUUCUCUUUCCCUCAAAACAUGGCAUCAAAACUGUUGGAAAUGAUGCAGAACUAAACUUUACCUACGUCUAUAUUGCGCAUCCUAGAGCAGUAACAAACAUUGCAUGGCGCAAAACAAGCAAAUACAUGCCGAAGGGAGCAGUAUCCAACAUGAUUGUAACAUCUUGUCUUGAUAACAUAUGUCGCAUUUGGAUAGAAACUGUGUUGCCAGAUGAUGGUCUAAUUAAUAUGACACAGUUUGAUCCAUUGGCUUCACAAAACCCGAAAUUCAGAACACAACGCCAUAAGCAUCGUUUUAUGCAACGAUUAAAACAUAUGAAAACUUGUUUUCAUAUAAGAAGGCAUGUCAAGACUGAGACUGGAAUGGUUAAUUACCAACCAAAUACUGAUACUUUUCAUGGACCUAUACCAUCCUUACCUUCUUCUUGUAGUGUCCAUGACUUUCAUUCAUAUGGAUUUCAUGGAACAGGAAUGGCUCCCGGUAUGCAUUUUCAUUUGGCCGCUUCAAUCAACGCAGAGACGGAUAUUCCACUGGUUCCUUCAAUGCAUUCUUCGGAUAGUUCUAACCAAAACAGCUUUAUUUUACACUGGCUUAAUAACAAGGAAAUAAAUUUUUCUUUACAAGCUGAGGUCAUAUUGCAAGAGUUAACGAAAAAAAUAAUUGAUGAAGAGAGUCCAAAUGUGUCCACUAAUAAUGUUUCAGAACAUAAUGAACCAGAUGUUGCUGACGAAUCUAAAAAGAAAAUUUUCCGAGCUUUGUCGAAAUCAUUGUCUGCAGAGGAUAGUAAUUCAGAGGACUGCAAGAAUUUGCCGCACCAUAAUAAAAUCGGAAUUUUACAAAAUGCAAAUUCAAUGUCAAAUACAGCAUCCCUAAAUUCUUUAAAUAACGAAAAUAACCACACCAUUAAUCAGUUUGCCGACUCUUUGGAUUUGAAAAUUGAAUGUUUAUUAAGAGAUUGGCAUCAAAGUCCCGAUCUUGUAUUUGCUAUUCAUCCCAUUGAUGGAAGUUAUCUUAUAUGGGUAGUUGAUUGGUUGGACGAUUACUAUCCUGGAUCUUUUCGCCAAGCACAAAUUUCGUUUUCCACUAGAAUACCCUUUGCAUUUCCUCUUGGAGAUGCAAUAUCUAUGUCAACAACAGUGAGUUUAUAUAAUACGGGAUCUCCGCCGCUAAUUUUUAGGGAAAUCGCAAAUAGCGUGAAAAGUAGAAGUGAGGAAACAACAUCACUUAAAGAGUCACCAAGCUCUUCGCCUUUGAAUAAGGUGAGCAACCCCGACAUAAGCGAGCAGGCUUUUAACACUAUAACUAGUGGUAUUUCACCUUCUGUUUCAAUGGUAACAAAACAUUCCAAUGGAACAUUAAAUCUGUGGCAACUAACUUUUGCGCUUAAAACUAAGUUCACCCAAGUGCUCAGCAUAGGGCAUGUUUGCAGAGCUUCUGGUCAUCGUUUUAGAGUCAAUGACAUAACAUGCCAUCCGGUUUUGCCACUUCUUGUAUCAACAUCCCAUCACAACUUACCUGAAUCAGAGAAGAAAUCGACCAGCAAUGCUGAAAAUCUUCCUUACAAUAAAGACGUUUUUACACCUUCUGGAUUCUGUUCUGAACUAAUAUUGUGGAGAGUUGAUUCUGUGGGUCCACUUUGUUAUUCAGGGGGAGUAAGUGAAUUGGCACGUAUCAAUUCACCUGAAAUCUCAGCAUUUAGCAAUGUAGCAUGGAUUCCUACUUUACUUCCAAGUACAACUUUGGGAAGCAGCAGUAAUUCACCAUCAGCUUGUUUUGUUGCCAGUGAUGGAGAGAAUCUACGUGUUUAUCAAGCAGUAAUUGAUGCUCGAACGUUACUUGCAGAGAUAUCUUCAUCAGAAAAUGUCAAUUACCUUUAUAAGUCCAAUUCAAUGACAUCAAUUUAUUCGAAUGCGUCGUCAACAUUUAAAACUCGAAAAACAAAUAUUCAUGAAAAAUUAAAAGUGGUAUCACAGCAGUCCACCGCACGUCCUGGAUGUAUAAUUCAACUUGACCCGAUAUCUGAAGCUAAACACGACUGGCAGAAUACGCAAUUUUUACAUGUAUUUCAAGCUCAGUUAAUAGAUGGGGGGCACCGAAUGGAACCUGAUUUAGAUGCAAUCGUUGAUUUACAACAAAAUUAUGAAUUUAAGGAGCCAUUUUAUAUUGUUAUAAUUGAAAAAACUAUAAAAGGCAGUACAAUUCAUAUGUGGCGCAUUAUUAUUUCAUCAAAAGAGCAAAAAACUUUUCUAUCUGAUACAGCAAUGUAUGUUCCUGAUAGCAACAUUGUUCAAGACAUCGACGACUCAGAUUUAGCCGCCCGCAGGAUGUCGGUUGCUAAUAUAUUACUAAAUAAUUGUGACGAUCCAGGUAAUGACACUUCACAUAUGACUAUAAAAACAGAAAAAGUCUGCACACAGGAGCUACCAAUGCCGGAAGGUGUUGAUGUCGUUCACGCUUCACCAGCUGCUGGCCAUUUAAGCUCGUCAUCAAUUUACCCAGCUUGUUAUGCUCCUUAUAUAAUAGUCACAGCAUGUUCAGAUUCAAUUUCUCGUUUUUGGAAAUGUGAAACAAGUUCGGUCGAUGAUCUAUCCGUAAAGACAUAUAAAUGGGUAGAAUGGAAAAUGUUCAGUAGAAUACAAGAUUCUGCAAUAGAAAUUCCUGGUCAGCCUUUGAAUAUUAGUGCUGCUUAUUCGGGUAGAGUUGCUUGUGCUUAUAAAUAUGGAAAAAGCUUUACACGACCAAAUAAAGGUGAUCCAGACUCUAGGUAUAUAAACCUUUGUGUAGCGAUUUAUGAAUGUGAAAGUUCUGGUGGAAGCGAAUGGGUACUAGAAGAUACGAUUCACUUAAAAAAUGUACAUUUGCCUCGGAUGAAUAUUGAUCAUGGGAUUGAUCUUAGCUAUUUACAUGAUAACCGAUUAUUGCAAAAAAAGCAACGUCUUAAUCAAGUUUUUCAAACAUUUACGCAAGAAGACGGUAGAUCUCCACGAAGUGGCGAUACAACCCCUGAGCUUACAACAAAAACAUCUUCUACAUCUGGUCUAUUAGCGGUACCCAGUUUUAGUACCUUACAAUCGCUAAGGAAAAGCAUCGCUGAAAAUGGAAAUACUUGUCCAUUAACUCAAAAACAUCUUGUUCAGUUGGAUUGGGUGUCAAAAGAAGACGGUUCCCAUAUAUUAACAGUGGCUGUAGGGAGUAAAAUACUUUUGUAUACUGCGGUUUCGUCUGACAUUGCCCAGGCCAAUAUUAAAGCUAUGAAAGUAUCAAGGUCAGCAAAUCGACCUAUAUUGCGAAAAGCUAGCUCCUUAGCUCAGCCACAUUUUAAUGACGAAAUUCGUUGGAUGAAACUUCGUCAAAUUGAUUUGCAUACCGCAGAUGGUUUACCGCCACUACCUAUGCAAAUUUCAUGGGUUCGGGAUGGAAUAUUGGUAGUAGCAAUGGAUUCUGAAAUGCAUGUGUACUCACAAUGGAAGCCUCGUUUUAGCGAACAGCAUAGCGUGGAGGAUUUUUUCGAUUCAAGAAAUCUACGUGAUGAAGAUUUAAGAUCUUUGGCUAACGAAUCUACGCAAAUACGAUUAAAAACUGCAUCAUCCAUACCAUUAAUAAGUAAAGUGAGCACUGCUAACCUCCAGUUACUUUCCAAUGAAAGACGUAAAAGGUAUGGAAAUUCAAGCGCAAGCGUUCCAGCAGGUUGCGAAUCAACAAAUGAUGAUUAUAUGCCUGACUUUGGAUUGUUUCAAGCUUCUCGCAUCGCAUGCCCGGUACUUCCUCAAUAUCACCCAAAGCAACUAAUGGAACUCCUUAACUCUGGUAAAAUUAAUUGGGUUAAGGCAAUAUUAGCCCAUUUAGUCCGUUGUAUGAGUGGAUCGAAUGAAUAUACAUCAACUUCAGACGAUGGAAGUUCUGAGAAACAGAGGGCAUGGUCUCGAUCUCGAACUUUAUCUAUCAGUUACGUUGGAGAAACGAACGUAUCAACUGAACACAGGGGUUCAACAACGCAGGUUCCAGAAGAAUUGAUGCUCGACUAUACUGAAAUCACAUCAAUACCUCCAUUACCGCUUUGGGUCCUACUAAACGCGGAUAACGAAUUUCCAGGUCAGGGAAUGAACGCUUUGGAAAAUGGUAAAGACUAUAAUGAACUUUUUGAAAUGAACAACUCGGAGGACAAUUUAGAUGAUCUUCUUGAUAAUGAAGGGGAACAUUGUAAAUUCGAAAGAAAGUUAUCUAUGCCCGAAAAAUUAAGUAUAUCACAUUUCGGUUCGCGUCAAGGACAGUUGUUAUCGCGCCUGCUUACUCAUACGCAUUUACCAGGACUAUCUUCUCUUGACCAGAUGCAUUUAUUAGCUCUAGCUGAUACCGUUGCAAAUUUCAACAGCGACUUCAGCGAAACAUUUUCUUCCGAUCAUGGUAAAAAUGUGUGUAAAAUAUCAGAAUCUUUAGAUGAUUGUGGCCUUCGGUUUCUACUCGCUAUGAAACAUUUUACGUAUCUUCUACGCUGUUUACCACUAAACCAAAGAGCACUAUUUCAAAAACAAGGAAUUGGAACUUCAAACAUAGUGUGGGCUUUUCAUUCUGAAAGUGAAGAGGAGCUCCUAAAUCUCAUUCCUUCUUAUUCAAAAGGAGAUUUAAGGUGGUCUACACUGAAAGAUCUCGGCGUUGGAUAUUGGUUGAAAAAUGUUAAUACUUUACGUUGUUGCGUUGAGAAACUAGCAAAGAGUGCUUAUCAAAUGAAACAAGAUCCAUUAGAUGCAGCUAUAUUUUAUUUAGCUAUGAAGAAGAAAUCGAUUGUUUGGGGUCUUUUUAGAUCAAAGCGAGACGAAAAAAUGACCGCUUUCUUUUCAAAUAAUUUUUCUGAAGACCGGUGGAGGAAAGCAGCCCUGAAGAACGCUUUUGUUCUUCUAGGAAAACAACGUUUUGAGCACGCAGUUGCAUUUUUCCUACUUGCGAAUUCUUUAAAUGAUGCCAUAGAAGUUUGCAUAAAUAAAUUGGAAGACUUCCAGCUGGCUUUAGUAAUAGCGAGGUUAUUCGAAGAUGACAUUGAAAUAUCAUGCAACUCAACUUAUCGAAGUUUACUCUCAGAACAUGUUCUUGGAAUUUCCGAUGAUAACAGUGUAUUUGAUAUAAAUAGAGCUCACCCAGAUCCUUUUCUUCGAUCCAUUACUUAUUGGAUUUUAAAGAGAUAUCAAGAUAGUUUGCAUACACUUUUGUUAAACGGAGUUGGUAUGAAUCAUGUCGCAUUUAAAGACGAAGACAUGUUGAAAGCUGAAAAUUCUGCAACAAAUCCUAAUGUUUUUAACUUCUACAUAUUUUUACGUACACAUCCAUUGUUAGUUCGGCAAAGCUUAGCACUGUCUGCACAAGAGAAGAAAUGUGCAAAUGUAGUAUUAUCAGGAUUUAGUUAUUCUGGAGAUAAUCAAAAAUCAAAAUCAAAUGAUAAACAACUUCAACUAGAAGAUUCAAUAACACCUAUUGAGAGACAACUUUAUUUUACAACAGCCCAUGCACACUUUAAGGCUGGUUGCCCGGCAUUAGCUUUAGAAGUGCUAAAUAAAUUGCCAAUGAAAAUUAUGGAUUCAAAUAAUAUUAUCGAAGAGACUAAUACUAAAAUUUACAAGGAAGACCAAAUAACUUCUGGUAUAAUUGAUUGGAGUGAACCAGUGGUUGAUUCUGGCAUAAAAUGUGAUAUGGAUUGGAGCACUCCAGUUUCGGUUUUACAAAAAGAAGACGCAUUUGAGAUAAAGUGGGACGAUGAUGAUGCCGACGCCCCCGAAGAUACGGAAGUUGAUGAGCCUUUUGAAAAUAAAACCCCUACAAUAACAAAAGCUCCACAAAAAACCCAGUUAGAGACAUCAAAGGAUGUGAAAAUAGAUAUUAUGGCACAGCAACUUAAAUUUGUAGCAUGCUUAAAAAUAUUAAUGGAAGAACUUUCGACAUUAGCAACUGGAUUUGAAGUUGAUGGUGGUCAAUUGCGCUAUCAGCUUUACAUCUGGUUGGAGAAAGAAGUUGAGGCAUUAAAACAACUUUGCAAUUACUGUAAUUAUGAUCCUCUAGACUUGGAGUCUACUAAGCAAAUUUCCGAUGUAAUAUUGAAUGAAAGAGAUCCAAACUCUACUACUUUUGUGUUAUCAGACAAGCCAACACUUCAUGAAAUUUUGAUGCAAGAAAAAUAUGAUUUUGAGGCAAAAGUUUUUAGAGCUGCCAAACGAAAGCGAUGGCUUAAAG